AUGACUAACCUGCUGAAAUGUCUGUGGAUCUUUGAAGAAGUUCAUCAUUACCGCGGUCGCAUAAUUUUGUUAGUUUUUCGUGAAGCACCUGCAUAAAGUCUGGAUUAGACUCUCUCCUAAGGCGGUUUCUGUUUAACUCUUAGGACUGUGUGUUACCUACAAGUCUUAGCACGAAGUCGGCAGUGUUGAAUUUUUUCGGGUUGUGGUGGUGUUGGGGGGUACAGUGAAGUGAUGACGAUGAUGACGACGUGCAUUAUAAUGACGGUGAUGAUGGUGAUGAUGAUGACGACGACGACGACGAUGAUGCUGAUGAAGAAGAAGAAGAAGAAGAAGAAGAUGAUGAUGAUGAUGAUGAUGAUGAUGAUGAUGAUGAUGAUGAUGAUGAUGAUGAUGAUGAUGAUGAUGAUGAUGAUGAUGAUGAUGAUGAUGAUGAUGAUGAUGAUGAUGAUGAUGAUGAUGAUGAUGAUGAUGAUGAUGAUGAUGAUGAUGAUGGGAAGGAGAGGAGAAGAAGAAGAUGA